CCCACGCUUAUAACGCCACAACCACUCCACACACAGCAAGAGCCGAGAGAGAGAGAUUUGUUUAGAUUGGUAGAGUCUCUCUCUUGCAUUUCCCCUUUUAAAUUUCUAGGGUUUGGGGGUCUUUUGCUUUGUGGGUCUCUAGGCAGUGGUGAAGAAGAUGAGUAGCGAGAGAAUGACAGGGAAGGUCAAGUGGUUCAGCGACCAGAAGGGUUUUGGCUUCAUAACCCCUGACGAUGGUAGUGAAGAUCUCUUUGUUCAUCAGUCUUCAAUACGUACCGAUGGCUUUCGCAGCCUUGCAGAAGGUGAGGAUGUCGAGUUCCAGAUCGAGCAAUCUGAUGAUGGACGUACCAAAGCGGUAGAAGUCACUGGCCCCAAUGGUAACCCUGUUCAGGGAUCUCGCGGCGGAGGUAGUGGUGGUGGUGGUGGUGGUGGUGGAAGAGGUAGCCGCAGCGGAGGAUAUGGCGGAGGUGGGUAUGGUGGUGGUGGGGGAUAUGGUGGAGGUAGAGGUGGAAGGUCUGGAGGAGGUUAUGGGUCUGGUGGCGGCGGUGGUGGUUAUGGGUCUGGUGGCGGCGGUGGUGGCGGCUGCUUUUCUUGUGGAGAGAUAGGGCACAUGGCGAGGGAUUGUCCGCAGGGUGGAGGCGGUGGAGGGAGGUAUGGUGGUGGCAGUGGUGGAGGGGGAGGGAACUGUUAUAACUGUGGAGGAUCUGGUCAUUUUGCCAGGGAAUGCCCAAAUAGUGGCCGCUGAUCGGAGCUUAAAAGGUUGAAUAUGUAGAAUGUGUUUGAUCACAUUUUGUUUGCUCUCCUUCUUUCUUUGGCUGUUGGGUACUCUUUUUAGGUUGUUUGUUGUUGAUGAUCCAUAUUGUUUGGCAAAUGGGUUGUCUUGUUUAUCCAGUAUGCAUUAUGUUUGGCUUUCAUAGGCUUUUGGUGUUUUAGGUUUUCAGUCCUUUCAAGGAUAUGAUGAUCUUCUCUUUGUUUUCUUUUUCUUUUUUGGCUGGCUUAUUAUUAGAUUUUCAAAUCGGUAUGAUGCUGAUAGUUCUAUGUAGAGGGGCAGUAGAGAGGAUGAUGAUAUAGUGCAGAAAAAUUCAAGAAGUUCAAAUCGUAAGCUCUCACUGUUAUGAAAGAUGUUUAUACACAAUAUAUGAAUAUACAUGCUGGUUUGGUCA